AUGGCCAGUGCCAACGAGACUGAAGAAGCCCAUGGCUCAGCGCCCCACGCAGCCUCCACCUAUGCCAAGCUGCUGCUCUUGGGCCUCAUCAUCUGUGUGAGUCUGGCAGGGAACCUGUCCCUCUCGCUGCUGGUCUUGAAAGAGCGUGGCCUCCACAAAGCACCCUACUACUUCCUGCUGGACCUGUGCCUGGCUGAUGUGAUCCGCUCAGCUGUCUGCUUCCCCUUUGUCCUCGUCUCAAUCCGCCACGGCUCUGCUUGGACUUACAGUGUGUUGAGCUGCAAGAUUGUGGCUUUCAUGGCUGUCCUCUUCUGUUUCCAUGCUGCCUUCCUCCUCUUCUGCAUCAGUGUCACACGCUACAUGGCUGUGGCCCAUCACCGCUUCUAUGCUAAACGCAUGACCUUCUGGACAUGCGUGGCUGUCAUCUGCAUGGUGUGGACUUUGUCCGUGGCCAUGGCCUUCCCACCCGUCUUCGAUGUUGGGACCUACAAGUUCAUCCGUGAGGAGGACCAGUGCAUCUUUGAGCACCGCUACUUCAAAGCCAAUGACACCCUGGGCUUCAUGCUCAUGCUAGCUGUGCUGAUCUUUGCAACCCACGUGGUUUACAUCAAGCUCCUUCUCUUUGAGUACCGCCAUCGCAAGAUGAAGCCUGUCCAGAUGGUCCCAGCUAUCAGCCAAAACUGGACGUUCCAUGGGCCGGGAGCCACUGGGCAAGCUGCAGCCAACUGGAUUGCUGGCUUUGGCCGUGGCCCCAUGCCUCCUACCUUGUUGGGCAUCCGGCAGAAUGCUCACGCUGCCAACCGGCGCUUGCUGGGCAUGGAAGAAUUCAAGGCUGAGAAGAGGCUAGGCAGGAUGUUCUACGUCAUCACUUUGCUCUUUUUGGUUCUCUGGUCACCCUACAUUGUGGCCUGCUACUGGAGGGUAUUUGUCAAAGCCUGUAGCAUCCCCCACCGCUACCUCUCCACAGCUGUUUGGAUGAGCUUUGCCCAAGCUGCUGUCAACCCCAUAGUUUGCUUUGUACUCAACAAGGACCUCAAGAAGGGCUUGAUCACCCACAUUCCCUGCUGGAGGACAGAGCCUGAACUGCCCAGAGAGCCUUAUUGUGUGAUGUGAGGAGUGCCAAGGGUUGGCUAGAAGGCAUCUGCCUGUGCCAAACUGAAUUUGAGUUUCAUUUCUUUCUUAUUUAUAUAUCACACAAGAUGCCAAAAGAUGGGUCGUUCUGCUUCCCCUGCAAUUUUGGCCAUGGUUCCCCAGAGUACUUGGUGUCACAAUAGACUAUGAGCGCUUCAGUUAUCCCAGGGCAAAUAUCCAAAACCACUCAUUAACUACAAUGAGAUCAGAGCUGGAUUCUGGUCUCAGCUCCCCUGGGGUAAAUCCAAAGCUAUACGAUGACAGUAACUGGUCCCCAGUAGUGUUCCAGCCACUGCUUAGAAAGGGUACAAAAUAUCCUGUGCAUCAUGGAGUUUUCCUCUUUUUAUAGCCCACAAACCCUAUCCAGUUGCUUCAGUCAGACACUGCAAAACUCCAUAGAACCAACACCAGAAACUUCUGUGUCCAUUAUUUCAAAGUGUUUGAUCUAGCAGCUCUAAAGGUGUGUCUGGCAUCACUGAAAAGAGGCCAGAUUUUUGUAUUUGGAUCUCCCAGAGUGAAGCCAAAGCCAUCCCACGCACUGGAGCAAAACCACUUCAUGCUCAGCAGGGCUGAUUUGGCUUUACAGCUGGAGGGUGUUGAUGGAAGCAGGGCUCUGAUGAUGGAAUCUGCUUCUGUAGAAGAUUGACUCUCCCAUUCAGUUAUUCAUUCCAUCAAUUAAAUCCAUUCCACACGGUCUCAGAGUCUGAGGCUAAGUUGAGGGGGGCCCCACAGGGACAGGAAGGCUAGAGGGGCAGGGGAGGAAAGGAGUCAGUAGACACAGCUCUUUAAGGGAAUGCCAUGGAGCUAGCCUUGACUUGGCUCCUUGUCAGUCAGAAGCUGUAACCAGGGAGCCUUGGAAACCCCACCUCAGUUGCCAUGGCAGCAACCAAUCCAAGGCCCUGCAGACCAUGUCACCCUGGAACAAUGCAAGCAGGAAGAUGCGGGUGGGGUGUGGGGGAGGAGGAAGCCACCAAGAAAUCCUCACGCAUUCCCUGAAGAGUGGGAGAAGGCAGAGACAUCAACAUGCAAGGCAGACAGGGGAGAGCAUCCGAGGCUGCAGAAAGUGUAGGGUAACCACAGGAGAAUCAUGUGCAAUGAUGCCAAUAUGGCACAUGCCCUGCUAAAACGGAAAGCAAAAACACUACUGUUGCAAGGCAUAUGUGCCACUAUGCUCCCGCCACCCGUUUAUUCUCACACAUUCAGAUCACACUGCACAUUGCUUCCUCCUUGCCAUGUCACAUCAUAGAACUGUUUGCACUGUUCUUGUGAGACAAUACCAGAUCAUGUAUGGAAAGCUCACCCUUCCCAGAGUUGCUGUCUCGUAUCUCUGGGUUUAUUCCAGUGGACAAGUUGUCUGUGCUUUGGGUCAUUGACAGAAAGAGGACAAAUAGCCCUAUGGCUCAGAAAAAGGCCUGGUUGUUCGAGUGUCUCUAAGAAGGGAGUCAAGCCUCGAAAAAGGGGGGGUGGGAGGAAGUGUUGCCGUCUCUGAGAGAAGAGGGGUACACUGGGUAGAGUGAGUGGGAGAGAGGACUCCAGUUAUGGGUUGCAGUGGUUGGCUUGUUUAUUUAUCUAUUUAUUAAAGAGAAAGGGAAAUGUGGGGGUUGGAACUCCUGGUUCUUUUUUCAUCUGAACAGAUGAAUGGGGCCUGAAGUUUAGAGAAUCUGGGAGUCCUGAGCUUGCUGGGUUCACCCUUAGUUGUGAUACCCAUCGGCCCCAUUUUGGCUUUACCCCUCAGGCAGGUACUCCCAAAAUCCAAGAAAAUGAAUUACCAGACAUAUUGCUUGAGGAGUGAAGGUGGGGAGACAUGGGACAUCCUAAUUCAAUGGGACUAUUGUUAAUGCUGAGGUGCUCCUUGUGGGAUGGGGAGGGGAGGGGAGAAAGGAUUCAGGAGGAAAGAGGUGGUUGAGAAAUGAGGCCUAGAAGAAGCACUGCUGGGAGUAACGUCAGAGAAAAAUGGAGGAGGAUGAGUGGAGGGAUAAGUCAGGGAAAGUAUUAGGAGCAGAGCACAGUUUGGGAGGUGGGAGUAGGGCUGGGAGGGUGGGGACAUCGCGAACCAGGUGAGGAUGCAGGGAUUGGGGCUGUCUCCCACUUGUUCCCCUUCAAAGGACCCAGAUGCUGCCUUUUGCCUCUGAAGACAAGACUGUUCGUCUUAUCCUCCAGUCCUGCACCCACUGAAUGGCCUUAAAUCACUGGCCAGCAUUAUGGCCACCCUGAAGAAAACUGUAUUUGAAAAAAUAUGGGAGAUGAACACAGAUUAUUUCCAGGAUGCUUUUUCUGGAAAGAGACUUGAAAGAAGUUGAGAUGUUUUUGUUUUUAAAAAGGAAAUCGAAUAAAGAAAUUGCAACUUUAGUGGGAGAGGGAGGGUUGGGGGGGGCACAGGACAGAUGGAUGGAUGUGUGUCCCCUGCAACAUACGCUUCUGAACUUCUUUCAGAUGGGGGCAGCUUGGGGUGGGUGGGUAGGGAAUGACUGGAUUGAGGGGUGGAAAUUGAUUUUUGGGGUGGGGACUCUGUUCUAUCCUGCCCCACCACCCCCUUUUUGUGUCAAAUUUGUUUCCAUUCCCUCCUUUUUCUGGGGAUUUUCUCAUUUUCUUUUCCUUUCCUUUGUUUUUUUAUAUAAAUAUAUAAAAAACAUGGAAUGAAAUGCAAAA